AUUCGGAAACAGAAAUGCUAUCAACCAAAAAGUCUAGGAUUGAAUUGGAAUCAAGUGACACCAGCAAGCAUGAAUUGGAAGUUCAACAACAAAAAAUUAAACUCCAAGAACGGGCUGUUGCCAUUCGAGAAAAGGAAAUUAAGUUGCGCAAAAAAGAAGCCGAAAUAGAGGCUUUAGAAUUAGCUAAUAAAAAGUUGAGAAACGAAUUAGAUCGUAGAGUCUAA